UCCCUUCUCUUUUUUCUCACUCACCAGAUAAGAAUCUGCACACAACACAACACAAAACACAACACAAAACAGAAGCUGUUGAUACUAUAAUGUUCUAUUAUUAUUAUUAUUACUAGCUAUAGAUAUUAGAUACAUAGAACGAACCACUUCUCUGAAUUUUGACAUGUCCUCCUCAAAGUUUAUCACAACACCCUUUCUCAAUAUCUUGUUGUUCACCUUCACCCUCUUCCUUUGCUCUCUCUUGUACCUCUUUUCUUCUUCCUUCUUCACCUCAUCACCUUUUCUCAAUCAUCAACCAUUGGAAUCUUCAACAAAAUCCCACUUUGAGUUCUGCCCAAGUAACUACACCAACUACUGUCCAUGUCAAGACCCAAUAAGGCAGAAACGCUUUCCCAAUAGAAAAUGGUUUCGUAAAGAGCGUCACUGCCCAGAAAGCAGUGAGAGGCUGAGAUGCCUCAUCCCAAGUCCAGUGGGGUACCAAAAGCCACUUCCUUGGCCUCAGAGUAAGAACAGUGCAUGGUUCAGUAAUGUCCCUUUUCCUAAACUUGUGGAAUAUAAGAAGUCACAGAAUUGGGUUAGAUUGGAAGGUGACCGUUUUGUUUUUCCUGGAGGUGGCACUUCCUUUCCUGAAGGAGUUAAGGGUUAUGUUGAUGCUCUAAACCGUCUUCUUCCAGUGCCUUUGGAAUCUGGGGUUAUCAGAACAGCUCUUGAUGUUGGUUAUGGGGUUGCAAGCUUUGGAGCAUCUCUAAUGGACUAUGAUAUCUUGACAAUGUCAAUUGCACCGAGUGAUGAACAUGAAGCUCAAGUACUGUUUGCCCUAGAAAGAGGACUUCCAGCAAUGCUUGGAGUACUAAGCACUCAUAGACUAACAUUCCCUUCAAGAUCAUUUGACAUGGCUCAUUGCUCCAGAUGUCUUGUCCCUUGGACUGCUUAUGAUGGGCUGUAUCUAAGAGAGAUUGACCGGAUUUUGCGUCCGGGUGGAUUUUGGGUACUGUCUGGGCCACCCAUAAAUUGGAGGGUAAACUAUAAAGCGUGGCAAACAGAACCUAAGGUGUUGGAAAAUGAGCAAAACCUUAUAGAAGACCUUGCAAUGCAACUGUGCUGGGAAAAAGUUGCUGAGGGAGAACAGAUUGCUAUCUGGCAAAAACCCACAAAUCAUAUCAGUUGCAUACACAAGUUCAAGACUUUGAGAUCCCCCAAGAUCUGCAACUCAUCUGACCCUGAUGCUGGAUGGUAUACCAAAAUGACUGCAUGCAUUUUUCCUCUUCUAGACGUGAAAGAUAUCCAUGAAAUAUCAGGUGGUGCUCUUGAGAAAUGGCCUAUGAGGUUGAACACUGCUCCACCAAGGGUUAGAAAUGAAAAUAAUGAUGGCUUCAUGCUCAAAGACAAAACCUAUAUUGAAGAUAGUCGAAAAUGGAAAAGGAGAGUAUCAUAUUAUGCGGUCAUGCUUAAAUCCCUCUCUUCUGGUAAAUACCGAAAUGUUAUGGAUAUGAAUGCUGGCUUUGGUGGAUUUGCAGCUGCAAUGGUGAAUUAUCCAGUUUGGGUUAUGAAUGUCGUUCCAUUUGAUGCAAAAAGCAACAAUCUUGGCAUUAUCUAUGAACGAGGCCUUAUAGGAACUUACAUGGAUUGGUGUGAGCCGUUUUCAACAUACCCACGAACAUAUGAUUUAAUACAUGCUUGGGGUAUAUUCAGCAUGUAUAUGAACAAGUGUAGUAUUACUGAUAUUCUUCUUGAGAUGCAUCGGAUUAUUCGUCCCGAAGGAGCUGUUAUUAUUAGAGAUCAUGAAGAUGCGAUUCUUAAAGUAAAAGAAAUAACAGAUCAAAUAAGAUGGAAUGGAACACUAGUGGCCGGUGAUAAGAAUGGAACUUUUCACUCGGAAAUGAUUCUUGUUGUUGACAAUACUGAGUAAAUUGAUUAUAUUAUUGUCCUCUU